GUGCGCACCGCCUAGGGCCCGCCUCCGUGAAGGACUGCCGGGCGCAUGCGGCCGGGCUGCUUCACUGGCUGCCGGGCCCAGCAAGCUCGUCGCCCUCCCCGCUCUCAGCCGCCUGGAGGAUCUGAAGCGGCCCUCAGGUCAAAAAGUAAAAUGAAGUACAUUCUAGUUACUGGUGGUGUUAUAUCAGGAAUUGGAAAAGGAAUCAUCGCCAGCAGUGUGGGCACAAUACUGAAGUCAUGUGGUUUACAUGUAACUUCAAUUAAAAUUGACCCGUACAUUAACAUUGAUGCAGGAACAUUCUCUCCUUACGAGCAUGGUGAGGUUUUUGUACUGGAUGAUGGUGGAGAAGUUGACCUUGACCUGGGUAACUAUGAGCGUUUCCUUGACAUCCGCCUCACCAAGGAUAACAAUCUGACCACCGGGAAGAUAUACCAAUACGUCAUCAACAAGGAGCGCAAAGGGGAUUACCUGGGAAAAACCGUCCAAGUUGUCCCUCACAUCACAGAUGCAAUCCAGGAGUGGGUAAUGAGACAGGCAUUAAUACCUGUGGAUGAAGAUGGCCUGGAACCUCAAGUGUGUGUUAUCGAGCUCGGUGGAACAGUGGGAGAUAUAGAAAGCAUGCCAUUUAUUGAGGCCUUCCGUCAGUUCCAAUUCAAGGUCAAAAAAGAGAACUUUUGUAAUAUUCACGUCAGCCUAGUUCCUCAGCCAAGUUCAACAGGGGAACAGAAGACUAAACCCACCCAGAAUAGUGUUCGGGAGCUCAGAGGCCUUGGGCUUUCCCCAGAUCUGGUUGUGUGCAGGUGUGCAAAUCCUCUCGACACAUCAGUGAAAGAGAAAAUAUCUAUGUUCUGCCAUGUUGAACCUGAACAGGUGAUCUGUGUCCACGAUGUCUCGUCCAUCUACCGAGUCCCCUUGUUAUUAGAGGAGCAGGGGGUUGUAGAUUAUUUUCUUCGAAGACUUGACCUUCCUAUCGAGAGGCAGCCACGAAGAAUGCUGAUGAAGUGGAAAGAGAUGGCUGACAGAUACGACCGCUUGCUGGAGACCUGCUCUAUUGCCCUUGUGGGCAAGUACACUAAGUUCUCAGACUCCUACGCCUCUGUCAUUAAAGCCCUGGAGCAUUCCGCACUGGCCAUCAACCACAAGUUGGACAUCAAGUACAUCGAUUCCACGGACUUGGAGCCGAGCACCUUGCAGGAGGAGCCCGUGCGCUACCACGAGGCCUGGCAGAAGCUCUGCAGCGCUCACGGAGUGCUGGUUCCAGGGGGAUUUGGUGUUCGAGGGACGGAAGGGAAAAUCCAAGCCAUCUCCUGGGCUCGGAAGCAGAAGAAGCCUUUUCUGGGCGUGUGCUUAGGAAUGCAGUUGGCAGUGGUUGAAUUUUCAAGAAAUGUGCUGGGAUGGCAAGAUGCCAAUUCUACAGAGUUUAACCCCAAUACCAGUCAUCCUGUGGUCAUAGACAUGCCAGAGCACAAUCCUGGGCAGAUGGGCGGCACCAUGCGGCUGGGCAAGAGGAGAACCCUGUUUCAGACCAAGAACUCCGUCAUGAGGAAACUCUACGGAGAUUCAGAUUACUUGGAAGAGAGGCACCGCCACAGAUUUGAGGUGAAUCCAGUCUUGAAAAAGUGUUUGGAGGAGCAAGGCUUAAAGUUUGUUGGCCAAGAUGUUGGAGGAGAGAGAAUGGAAAUUGUGGAGUUGGAAGAUCAUCCCUUUUUUGUUGGCGUUCAGUACCACCCUGAGUUCCUGUCCAGACCCAUCAAGCCAUCCCCGCCGUACUUUGGCCUCCUCCUGGCCUCCGUGGGGCGGCUCCCGCAUUACCUCCAGAAGGGCUGCAGGCUCUCGCCCAGGGACACCUACAGUGACAGAAGCGGAAGCAGCUCCCCUGACUCCGAGAUCACCGAAUUGAAGUUUCCAUCCAUAAAUCAUGACUGAUGGUAAUGGGUGAUUCUUCAAGAGAGCCUUCAGACUUCGGGAGUUUACAGCUUGAUUUUACACUCGGCUUUUGACACUUCCUUUAAAUUAUGUUUUUAUUAAGAAUAUUUUAUUAUGGGGAAGGGUAUUGGGAAGACUGUGACCUGCAUGUCCCAUCAUGUGUAUCUGCUCCUGCACGGUGGCUGCCUGGUGUUGACACUCCCCUUUUCAGCCCCAGCCCCAGCCUCAGACGGGAGGCGGGACAUCCGGGCAGGAGCGGUGACAGGGCGGCUGGAGUGCCCGCCAAGCGCCUCGUUUCUGCAGCCACCUGAGUCGCUGUGGAUUUGAGUGUGUGGCCUCUCGCUUCCCCAGGGAGGCCUAGACCAUUCUCAAGAGUGCCGCAUGCGCUUGGUGCGCCCGGAGGGUAACUUUAGCUAAUGCUUACACCCUUGGUGCUGGUGACCUGCGGGUGCUGCCAAGAGCAGUGAAAACAGAAACGAAGCCUUGGCACUGCCCCGCCUGGGGACUGUCAGUGCCAACUGUGGCUGGGACUCGCUGUCCAAGGGACAGUCAGUUUGAUGUCACAUGAACGGCAGGAAGUCUGUGUCUCUCUGCAGCGUGAUUUGAGAAUCCCUGUCCUCUGGCUGGGCGUCUCCUGGGGCUGGGAAGCGCUCCUUGCAUCAAGGGGUCGCUCAAAAAAGAACAGAGCCUCUAAGACCCUCUCACAUAUCAACAGCUUUGCUCGAGGGACUUCUUCCUUCCGGGAUGGUAUUACUGCAGUUGAAAGGCAAUAUGAAAAUCUAUUUUCUUUACAUGAUGUAACAAUGGGCACAGCUGUGUGCCCCUUAUAUUCUGGCUGGACUUGGUGUAAACUCUAACUUAAGAAAUAAAUAAUGCAGAAGAAGAGA